CUUAACACACUGUUGCUGUCGGGCUUGGAGAGGGCAAAGGGCCUAAGGCAAAAGUUGGCACCGCUUAAUCGAUCUGCUUUCGCUAGAAAUUUGAAGAUCUUGCUCAAUCAAAGCAGAAUUUCAUCGAAUUUUCGUUGGGAUCGUCUCAAAUUAGUGUGGAAAAAGAAAGAUUCUAUACUAGAAAUGGAUUUGGGGGAGCUUUUGGCAAUCUUCGGGCCUGGCAUCGCCGGCGCUGUUUUCGGAACCGGCUGGUGGUUUUGGGUCGACGCCGUUGUCUGUAGCUCAGUCAAAAUACCGUUCGUGCACUAUCUUCCUGGAAUAUUUGCGUCUUUAGCUGCUUUGAUGUUCAAUUGCGUGAGGAAAGAUGAUAUCGAUUACUCGCCCUAUGAAGAAGGUGAAUGGAGGUUGAAACUUUGGCUUUUCAUUGCAUAUGUUGUGUCGUUUGUCUCGUUGGCUGCUUCAGUUGGCCUAUUGAUACAAGAUGCCCUUGUGGAAUCUGGGCCUUCGGCUUGGACAGGAAUUGCAGGUGUUCUUCAAUGCGUAUUUGUUCUAAUCAGUGGCCUGAUUUAUUGGAUUUCCCAUUCAGAAUAACCGAUCUUUGUCACUAAUGCAAAUAGUAUCUUGUUUGGAUAUUGUGAUUAUUCUGCUCUGAACAGGCAUGCAUCGGUUUCUU